AUGACGAUCAUUGGGAAUCAGUCAAGGUUCAGCAAAAACGACGCUGAUCAAGCGAACGGGCAGCCGAAAACGUCGACAGCUGCCCACCAACCAGAGGAUGUACACCUCCUUCUCGAUGGCGCCCUCAUCGAAAUCGUACCUCUCCGCCUGCUCCAGCGCUUCUCCCAGCGCGUGAGGAAAGCUUUCUCUGGCGAAGCUGCCCACAUCCGCCCGAAAAGCCUCGACCUCACACACCCUGCGCUAUGGAACCAACCUUCGCCCGAGGCAUUCAAAGCCGCCUUCGCCUGGAUGCGCCGCGUAGCGCCAUACCGAUGUCCCGCCCACGACCUCCCCGCCUUCGGCCCAAGCGAGCCAGAUGCGCAACCCCUCCCACCUCUCAUCGACCUGUACGCCGCCGCACAGAGUCUGGAGUUUUGCGUCUUCCCGCGGAAACUCAAAGACUACCUCCUCGGCCGCCUCUCCAACUUCCCGCCCUUGCUGCCCGACCUGACGCUCGUGCACUACCAUCUGCCCGUUGAAGACAUCGUCAUGACACGCCUGCUCACCUCGUACGUCGAACACCGCGGCAUCUACACUGCUCAGCAGACCGGCGAGUUCCUUCGGUAUAUCAACGAAGGCGACGCAGCCGGCUGGGAUGGGGCUCUUUGGCGGCGUUUCAAGAAAGUCGAAGCGCACCACAGGCAACAGCAGCAGCCAGUGCCAUCUGGGCCAGCAGCAGCAGCAGCACCGGUGCCGAGCGCUUCCCAAUCCACGCCAGGGCCAGCACUGCGCCACUUCAGCCCGCCGCUGGAGCGUCCACCGCAGUCUCGCAAGCAACAGCGGUUGCCGUGGUGUCCGAAAGAAGAGGGCAACAAGCACCCGCGCCUGCGCCUGCGACGGCACCCGUCGUGGAAUCGCAGGGCAAUGCGCGAGGCGUCGGCGGAAGACACGUCCCGGGCGCAUCAUAGUGGUGGCCUCACACCACACGCCCUCGAACAGAACGACGUUUCAAAACUCCCGCGUGGAGACACAACCUACUCCUGGUCAAUCGUGCACACGGCCAGAGCAUCGACAUGCAUAUAG